AUGAGCAAUAGGUCAUCUUAAAGACAGCAUUUAAUUGCUUGUAAUAAAGGUGGAGCCCACUCUGGAGAAUAUGCAUAGUAUAUCUGUGCAAAGAAAGAAUGUUAGGAAAUUGAUCCUGUUUUGUGUGAAGUAUGUCGCAAUAAGGGUCAUAGAAAUCAUCGAGUUAUACCUCUCCGUGACUUUUUUACAUAGAUAACUCACAGGGUAAAUCGUUAGCGUAUAAAAGAUUAUUCUAAUAUCUAAGCAGUAGUUGAUGAAUCAGAAAGAGUUUGCAGAGAAUCUUUCAAUAACUUGAAAGAGUAUAUCUCAUAGAAAAUUAAAGUUUUUGAUGCAUUAUUAACGGACUGCUUUACAACUUGGAAAGAAAAUGUUUCUUUGUUUGAGGAACACCAUUGUCUGGAAGUAAUUUCAGACAUUUCAAAUAUGUAAAGAGAAACAGAUAUCACUCUUUUUACUUAAUAAGUCAAGAAAAUACUACCUCAUAUCAAAUUUGAUAUAAGCGAAGACGGUGUUGGAAAACCUUCUUCAACUACUUAUUAAAACUCAAAUACAAAUAUCAAAUCAAUCACUAAUGAUAUUCUAGGUUUACCACCACUUUCUAGACAGGAAGUAUAUGGCUUCUAAUAAGCCUUUUUAUUAUCUUUAAAGAAAAUAUCUGAAAAUCUAAAUUAAUAAUUGCAAUCAGUUAGCUUUGGUAGAUAAAAGGGUAAUACCAACUCAAUACUUAAUUUAACUCAGUAAUAGCAAUCACGAAAAUAGGAAGAGUCGUUUAUAAGCUAACUUGAAGCGAAUACUACGUUUUUAGAUAAUGCAACUCCUAUUAAUGGGUCUAAAACAAGAAGCUAAUAUCCAAAUUCUAUUAUACCUGAUAUAUCUCCAGUUAACAAUUUCAUUAAUGUAGAAAACUCUAGUAAAUUUUUCCAGCAACCAAAUUCUAGCAGUAACUAGUUUUACCAACCUCAGUAAGGAGCAGCUAUCAACUAAAGCAGUUAAUUAAAUAGGAGCUAUAUUACACCUCGAGGAACGUAUCGUGCUUCUGAUUUAGUUUAAUGUGUGAAGGGGUAAGAAAGUUAAAGUAAAUUUUAUUAGCACAAGAAGAAUACCUCAGUUGCUUAGCUGUCAAAUUAAAAAAAUUAAUUAGGUGAAUAUAAUAAUUUAAAUCAUUCUCUUCCAGAUCACUCUGCUACAACUGGAUUGGUAGUAUUAGACAAUGUAUAAAAAUAGGUUGAUGAUAUAUAAAAAUCUCUUGAUAACUUAAGAAAUUCAUUUGAUUUUUAAAAAAUACUUCAAUUUAUGGAUGAAAAAAGUCCUAAUCGUAGUGUUUCUCUGAAACCCAACGCAGAAUAACAACAAUAACAAAACUAAAACAAUAAAUAAGGAAGCAGAAAUAGGAGUAAUAGCAAUUAGCUUGCUAACUUCUUUAAUAGCAGUCAACAGCAAUAAUAAUAGUAAGUCUAAUCUUUGUCUGAGAGAUCUCAAAUAGUUUAAGGAAAUAAUAUUUUAAAUUUGAACAAUAGUUUUUAAAAUUAAGGUUUUUCUUAGGCUGAAUAAGAAGCUAAUUUAGCUAUGAGGAAAAAUUUAAACUAAAUUCCACAAUAGCAAUCAAUUUACAAUUAGUCAAGCGUUUAUAGCUAGUAAUCUAUGGCAGCAAAGCCCUUAACUUUUUCAGAAAAAUUUUAAAGAUUUAGGGAGAUGUCAAAAAGCUAAAGCAGGGAUAAUUCACUUAACAACAGCUACCAGCGCUAUCGUUUCGACUCAAAUCACCAAAAGCAGUUAUAAGAAGAAUAAGAAAGUGAAGAAAAUCGUAAGAAGAGUUAAAACAAUAAGAAGGUUAAAUUUUAGUUCUCUUAAGAAUUAAAGCAUGAAUAUGUUAGUGUAUCAAAAUACAUAGCAUAAGGUAAAACUGAUAACUUUUCUACUAGACUUGUUCUGCUUGAACCUACAGUUGAGAUUAUCCCUCACAGAGAAGUAACCUUUUCUUUCCUUAUAAAAUCUUGCAAAAAUUAAGAAUAUGGAUAACCUCUUGCUAUUGGAGUAUGCCAUAGGAAUAUAGUGCAUUAAAAUAAUUUUGAGUUCCCUCAGAAAGAAGAAUCUAAUUAUGGAUUCAAUGAUAAAUAAAAAGAUACUAUUUCAACAGCAGCCUCUGGGUAGGCUUCAUUUAGCUCAAUUCAUGGUUGCUAUUUACUAACCUCAACAGGCUUUUUACGUAACCAUGCAUAUUAAAAGCAAGAUAUGAAGAAAGUACCUGUUCGUUUUGGGGCAAAGGAUGUAAUAGUCUGCCACUUCAAUCCAUUCAGAAAAACUCUAAAAUUCACUAAAAAAAGUAGUGGAGAGUCUUGUAUUUUGAAUGUAGACACUAUACCUAAUGACAAACUCUACCCAUGUGUGCGUAUUAGUUAUGCAUAAGAUUGUAUUGAAUAUAUUCAUGAAUGA